AAGAAUUUGGUGAUUAAGUGUAUGAGUGAACUCUCCACUAGCAUGAUUCAGGUUGGUGCUUGGUUCUCUGUUCUGUGCGGUAAUAAUAAAGGAGUCGAUUGUGGUGCACUUGGCAGCUUUUGGAAGGGCCCCUCUGGAAAGGCGCCACUUCCAAAGUACAUCUUAGAUUUGGCUGGCCCGUUUCAACGGCAGAUGUCCACCUCUAUGCCGAACAUUCAAGGCAUUGCCUGGAGGGAUUGAGCGCUAUCAAGUACUGUACCAGAGGAGUAGAACUACUGAUAAACUCAUCUACAGACCUUGGAGGCAAGGUGUAUUUUCAGUAUGUAUACCUGACUCUCUCCAUUCUAUUCAAAAAAUCACCCCGUCGCUCACAUACAUACACACUCUCAUUUUUGGGAGAUAUUUGGCCGAGGCAGUUGUUCAACUCUCGAUUGGAAACGCAACGAACGGAUUGGAACAGACCGCAAAGUGAAAAUUCAUUCAGACGGAUGAUGACUUAAGCAGAAGUGAGCUCAUUAUCUGCAGUCACCAAUUGCAACAUCCGCUUAGUCCGAGGUCAGAUUCGGACAAGUUCGGCAUCAUUCUCGCAAAAUGAGCAUUGAAGAGAUCGCUAAAUCCUGGCUUCUUGAUCCAUCUUGGAUCAAAGUUUUCAAACAUACUUUUGACGUCCUAGAAGACUAUGUGAGUUAUGUCUUGGUGUCCGUGGGAGCCAUUGCUCUCUCAGUGAGAUUAUUGACCACCUUGGGUACGGGUGAUCUCAUGUGCAUCCUUAUCGGAGUACGUCACAACAAUGAAACCCUGGAAGACCUCGGCCCAUAUGCGGGUGGAGGUACAUUUGGUAUGAUCAAUUAUGCGCAAACUGACCAGAAAUGCAUCCGAGAGGUCUUCACUCCGUUCAUGGAGUAUCUUCCGUACCUGAUGCUCCUGCAAACCUUGAUCCUGAUCGUGGUGGAGAAGUUCACCUUCAAAAUCCCAAGAAUCGCUCAAAAAGUCGAGCGGUUCUACGCCAAUAUUGUGGAACAGUCCUUGUUUGGUAAAGACCCCGAUGUUGCCGAGGACAUGACCGACCCAAAGACGAGUACAGAGGCGAUAUCUAGACGGAGACAGAGGAAUGAGAUAUGCGUCUCCCUGAAGCGGAGCAGUAUCAUCUAUUCAGUGUACAUAGGCAAGAAUUUUGUCAAAGUGCUACUGGACAUCUUUUUCCUGGCUGUGGACAUCAAUUACACUCGGGACGCCACCAGCAGCUCUGCACCUUGUGUGAUAGAGAUUGAGGACUUUCCCGGUAUCGUAGAUGGGCCAGGGUUAGUCCAUUUUCAAUGCCGAGGCAAAAAGCUCGAUUUUUUCAUGAUUGCAUUGUAUACCCACGUUGUGCUUCUCUGCCUCCAUCUCCUCUUAUCAUUGGGCGCUAUCGUGUGGUGUUUUGGCUUCCGAUCCGUAUCCAAGCUUUUGACCACUAUUGAAAACACGAGAAAGGAAUGGGAGCCGAGCCUUGUAUCCAAACAGGAUGGAUCAGAUUUCUUGUUUCUCUUUGAUCUUUUGGCACAUAGUUGUGGGAUUGAGUCCACACUCCGAGUUCUCACGCAUUCUGAUGACACAUUCUACGAAAUUUGUCGGCCCAACAUGGCCCCCGUCCAAGAUCUUCAGUUGGAAGAGGAUAAGAUGAAGAUCACGUGGGAACCGGCAGAUAUUGAAAGAUGGCUUCACAGUGGGAAACAAGGGGCUCCAAUUUCCAGCUCCAUUGAAAUUGACAGCUACGAGGUCACCAUAUUUCCAGCUGAAACUGUCAACAACUCGCAAACAGUAUCUGCUGCAAAUUUCAAGGGCAAGUCCACUUACUCGGUUUGGUUCUAUGAUCUCAUUGGAGGCAAGACUGAGUAUGUAAUAACCAUAGCUUGUAUGAUUGGCAAGUCUCGGAUGAAGGGUGAGAAGGUGGUCACAACCUUGAUGCCCUAUGGGGCCGAGAAACCCAGAUCUGGCAUGCUCAAGUCCUCCGGAACUGACCAAGUCGAAAUCUUUUGGGACCCACCUAAAGGAGACUUUACCAAAUACACCUUGAUGAUUGAAAAGAUCACAGAUGACACUAAAGACAAAGAUCUAGCCAAAGAAAUGCUAACUGAUAAUCAUCCGAUCAUUCGCUUGAAUUCGGGAAGGUCCAGGGAAACCCUUCCGGAUGGGAGUGCCUAUUUUGACAAGUCCAACCUCCGGCACAUGGAGAAUCUUAGCGCAAAAUUGACCGAGUAUACCAUUUUGGGAUUGGAUCCCGGAGACAAAUAUAGAGUCCAACUUGGAACCAAAACUGGUACAGUCUCAACGCGGCAAUUCAUUUACGACACAGUGAUCACCCGACCAUCCCAAGUCACCGGCUUAUUGGCCAGAGACAUCAAGAACAACUCUUGCGUCAUUCAAUGGUUUAGUCUUGAGGGCCAUCCCUGUCUAAAAGGCUUCCAAAUUCAAGUGAAGACUCAUGAUGGCAAGGAAUUCAAGAGUGUGGCCGUGCCGAAGAGUGCCAAGACUUUCAAUGUGUAUGGUAUGUCACCCAGCUCAGACUAUGAUGUCAGUAUCACGGCCCUUUGCGUCUAUCAAGAGCGCAGGACCCAAGGGGACCCAACCACAAUCCCUGUGACAACUUUGGCGGACACAGUCAAGAAUCUCCGCAUGGAAAACUCCACUCCGAACUCCAUUUUUGUGAAAUGGGAAGCUCCCACUGGAGUCAUGAACCCUCAGAACGCCAAGUAUAAAAUCACAAUUUCUUCGCCUGAACUAGAAUUCUCUCAAACCACGGAUCUAAGCGGAGACAAGACACAGUACAAUUUCUCCAAGCUGCCUGAUCCAGAAGGCUCCGGUCAUAUGUUCAAGAUUGAUGUACAAGCCUCCAUUAUGACCAUUCGAGAGCAUGAAGUUAGCAGCGAACCUGCGACUUUGCAUUGCGCCACUCUUCCUCACAAACCUAGUGGCUUCAAGAUCGGAACCAGACCAUUUGACAUUGUUUUCACCAAAUCACCUACCCCUGCGGUAUCUUCUUACAAGAUUAAGUGGAAGUCCAUUGAAGAAGGGUCUAAACCUGAGGAAACAAUAGUCCCUUCGUCUCAAUCUGAAGAACAACACUUCAAACUCAAGGGGCUGAGUCCAAAUCUUGUUUACAAAGUGAAUGUUUACGCGCUCGUCACUCUGCCAAGCGAGGUAGUCCUGGAAAGCAAAGAACUCCACGAGAAAGUGAUCCUGGAUGAAGCGAGUAAAGAGCUCAAAAUUUUUGUUGAUGAAGUGUAACAAACACGAUUAUAGUUAUAAUCUCACCCGUACAUCACCAAAGAUCCAAGUUAUGCAUUGGAAAAUCUCCAACAUUUACUAUAAUUGAUUAACAUAUUCAGUAUUGAAACCGGUCAUUGAAUAUUUUUGCAACCAUAAAGUAUGUGCAAUAUGAAUAUGAAAGGGAAACCACUAAAGAAUUGACGUGAUUUAUUUCUUCUCUGA